AUGGCCGGAACAAUCCGCUCUGGCAGAGACCUUCCAAGUAGAAGGCAAGUGGCCUGGCUCUACCUGCUGCCUCUCAGGCAAACAGUUCAAACCCCCUCUCCAUCAUCUCUCUCCCCGAGCCCUGCUCAGAGGGAAGAGGCCAGCCCAAGUCCGCCAACCGCGCUGUCGCGCUCGGGUCCAGCCCUGCGGGCCGCGCGGCUUGAUGACGUCACGAGGCAGCCUGUUUCCUUCACCGCGCCAGGUCCCGGCCCCGGGGAAGCCCGCUCGGAUCCCGCCCGCCCCGCCCACCUCGCCCCGGGCGGUGCACGGCGCCUGCGCGGGAGAGCCCACCCGGAAAGGCCACAGAGCAAAAGUAGCCGAGGAUCUCUUCCGACUCCCGGGACCAGAAACAGAAUGAAAAUGAAGAGACACAGUGGUCUAGGAGAUGGCUCAGUGGAUAAAGCACUGAACUCUCCAGCAUGA